UGUUCAGAAUAUCUUAAUAAUGCAGAUUUACUGAAAAUAGGUUAUGUUGCCAUAACAAAAUCGAAUUUAUAUAUUAAAUGAAAAGAAACAAUUAAUUUCAAGGAGAUAUUCACUAGUAUGCCGUAUCGACAAUAUUAUGAUAGGUUUUCCAAAAAAAGGAUUCCACGCAGUACAAUUGCAACGCGUAAAAAGAAGAAAUCGUAGCCAUGUAACAUUAGAUCCAGAGAAUUAGUACGUAUAUUUUGAUAACUGAAGUUUUAAAGUCACACGUAUCCAUUUUUUUAGAUUUGUUUUGUUAGAUUGCAUUUGCAAAAUGUUGACAUGUUCAACAGCACAUGUUCAUAUAGUUUUAAUGCAUAAGUGCAACAUUUUCCGAGUGCAGCGCAUUUUUCAGUGUGUGCUAGCUGCAGUGAAGUGAUAUUCAUGUUUUUAUAAAUAAUAUUGUUAAAAAUUCAUAAUAAUAAUUAAUUUCUAUUCUUUUCCUAAUUUCAUUUUUCUAAUUCCAUUGAGCAACUAUGGAGGAAUCUGCAGUAUCAUGACCCUUGUCAACUGUCAACCUCAGCCAGUGACUGACAUGGAACUGGUUGUCAGCUAGAGUAACUCCGGAGGCUGUGCGAGUUCAGGUAAAGGAAGCAGCUCCUUGCUUAGCUGUAUCUCAAUUGUAUGUACAUACGUGUGCAGGCUUUAGGACAAGGCAAAUUUGCGAUGCUACAAGCUGCAAAUAUUAAAAACUCCUCCAAGCCAGACUGGGUGUAGCUGCAGGAUAUGACUUGUACUCGUCUUCUUCAUCAAGAGCUGUGGAUUUUCACUGAGGGCUCUCUCUCUCCAUACUAAAGAUAGUUUUCUUGUGCUGCAGCGAUAGAUAAUUUUCAGAAAGAUAGAUCUGCUGCAUUUUUAGGUCCGGAAUGUGAUAAUUACUUUGUCCUUCAGCUUUGUUUAUAAUUAAAAAUUUCAACUUUUCAGUGUUGCGAUACUUACAAGUGGCACUUUAUUUGUACACACAGGAGGUAAUUAUCAUAUUCUGUAUCUAAAAAUACGACAGAAUAAAGAUUUAUGCAUCACCAAGGCUAAUAGAUGCUCUGUGUAUAUCAUUCUGAAAAUUAUUACCCGCAAAAUAAAAAAACAUACACGGAUUAUAGGUUAACAUUUAAAGAGGAGCAGCAUUGUGAAAUGUAUCAAAGUACAGUUAAUUUUAAUGACUUUAACAAUAUCUACAACAAAAUUCAGACCUUUAGCUGCAUUACUUAAAAUGUGGCCUAACAAAAUCCUUGAAAAACAUGAUAAGAGUCAUUGACUGAAUCAAGUUCGUUGUCAAGCAUCUGAUUCUUCAAAAAUAUCUGUUUGGCCUAUCUACAUUAUGCUAAAUGAACUACCUGAUAAGUUACGCAGUAAUCAUAUGAUACUUGCUGGAUUAUGGGUUGCCAAAGUAGAACCUGUCAUGAAUCUGUACUUGAAUUCAUUUAUUGAUCAGGCUAAUCAAUUAUCGUCUGAAGGUUUCAAAUGGUAUUGGAACGGAGAAGAAAAAGUCAGUAAGCUAUUUCCACUUGGUUGUUGCGUUGAUUCACCAUGUCGUUGUGCUAUGCUUUGUAUGAAAAGAUUUAAUGGAUUGAAUGGAUGUACGUACUGUGAACAUCCAAAUGUGGCAAUUAAUGGUGUAAGAAAGUAUCCUAUGAUACUACCGCCUCCCCUUCUAAGAACUGAUACCUCUAUUAAAGAGAAAAUGCUUUUGGCACAUAGCAGUAUCUCGGAUGAUAUUACUGGCAUUAAAGGACCAUCAUCUCUUAUGAAUCUCAAUCAUUUUAAUCUUGUUGAUGGUAUGAUUGUUGACUUUAUGCAUGCGUGCCUUUUAGGUGUCACAGAGCUGUAUACUACGAUUAUAUUAACAAAUGUUAAACGAAAAUAUUAUGUAGGCUCUCCAAAUAAACUACUAAUUAUCGACCAGCGUUUACUGUCUAUAAGGCCUCCGAAUUGUAUAGCGAAAGUUUCAAGAAGUAUUAAAGAAAGAGCAAAUUGGACAGCUUCUGAAUGGUUAACAUGGUUAAUAUUUUAUUCUUUGAUUUGCUUACACGGUGUACUGCCAAAAAAGUAUUAUAAUAACUUAGCUAUGUUUGUUUGUGCUAUGAAUAUUCUAUUAGAAGAUUCUAUAACGCCUGCAAUGUUAGAAAAUGCUAGAAACCUAUUGAUACGUUUUGUUGUUAAUUUUGAAAUAUUAUAUGGAAAAAACUACAUGCAUUACAAUGUGCAUUCAUCUUACUGAUACAGUUAAAAAUUGGGGUCCGCUACAUAAUGCAAGUACUUUUCCAUUUGAAAAUGAAAACAAACUGUUACUCCGAAUGAAAAAAUGCAAUUAUCGUAUUUCCACGCAAAUAAUACUAAGACUAUUAAUUUACCAACAACUGCCACUGUUACAGCCAAAUAAUCAAUUAAUUUCUGACAAAGUUCAACAAUAUUGCAAUAACCUGGAUAAAAAUAAAUUAAAAAAUAUAUAUAAAGUUGAUAAAUGUAUUUUAAUAGGACCCGGCAAAGCAUGCACAUUUUCAAAACGAGAAUCAAAUUGUCUUCAGAAAUUAAUUGGUGUACAAACAAUAACAGAAUGUAAAAUGUACAAAACAAUGAUAUACAAUGGAAAUCGUUAUAAUACUAUUCAAUAUAAGCGUUGUCAGCGACGAAAUAAUUCCGUUAUUCAAACUAUUGACAAUACGUUUGGAGUUGUAUCAAAAAUAUGUAAAAUUAAAUAUAAUGAUGAAUUCAAAGUAUUUAUUUUUUUUUAUCAUAUAAAAAUAGCAAACAAUUUGGUUAUUGAUAAUGUUGAUAUUACACAUUUUCGAGUCGUUAAUGCAGAACAGAAAAUUGAUCUAGACAUUGUAUAAUAUCCUAGAUUACAUAGACCAUGUUUAUUAUUGAAACUGCGUAAUCAAAUUUUUAUUAUUACUAUUGUGAAAGGAAUUUUAGGAAGACACGUAAAUUAGUUUAUCCUGUAUGUUGCGUGUAUAAUUUUUGUAUUAAUAUUGUAUAUUUAUUGUAAAAUAAAAAGUAUGUCAAUGAAAAUUUACUGUGAAUAUACUAUACCUGAUCAAUUUAUCAUGAUAUAAGAAAAACAUUUUUGAAAAUUAGCUAUAUUGCGUUACAAUACUAAACCGUGCCACAUUGUGUUAAACUGUGUCUUACUGUGCCAAACUGUGCUAAACUAUGCCGAAUUGUACCAGAACUGUGCCAGGUAGUGCCAAACUGUGCCAAACUGUGCCAGGACUGUGUCAAAUUCCAAACAAUACACGAGAAAAAUAUUUUUAUUUUCAAAAAUUGGUAUUGUGCUAUACUAUGCCACACUGUGCUAUAACUGUGCUAAACUGUGCAAAACUGUGCCAAGCUAUGCCAAGCUAUUGUCAAAUGUUCGAAUUGGUAUAUAUGAAGCACAGUGUGCCAUAGUUUGGUACAGUUUGGCACAGUUUGGCACAGCAUGUCACAGUCCUGGCACAGUUUGGCACAGUUUGGCACAUCAAAUUAUUUCCACUAGGGAUAUAUCUAUUCUCCAUAAAAAGCACAUAUAAUGAUUGUUUGUGUACAAAUAAUAGAUAAUUUAAAUGUAUAAUAUAAAAUUCACUGUUGGAUAAAUUAUUUUAUUUAAACAAAAUAAAACAUGUUUUUAUUGUUAUGGUUUACUGCGCAUAGAAAGUUUUAGAUGUGUUUUAAUUAAAUUGUUUAAACAAAUAAAUAAAACAGUGUUAUAAUCUUAA